CGAGCCCCCGUUGUCCCGUGCAGCCUUAUAACCCCGCCCUCUCUGUCCUCCUCCACACUUGCCCCCAAUCGCAUGUGCUUAAUGGACCAGAUACCCUCUGAGUGCCCGGUUCUAACGGUCAGUAACACGCGGCUCGGUCUCACGGCGGCCGCCUUCAAACUUACCUGCAACGGGCUGCUCAGGAAGUUCCUCCGGCGGCAGCGUCUCUGCCCGAUCUGCGACCAGUUCAUCUUUGAGAGCAGCUUCGUGGAGUUCGCCGAGAGCAGCCAGGUGUCCAGGCUUUUGGACCGGCGCACGGUGAUCACGGUGGGCAUCACCUCUUCGGACCCGAGUUCGCCUCUGCCGGACACCCUGCUGCUCGGGAGCUACAAGGUGAAAGAGCUGCUGCAGCGCCACCCUGCGGACGGUCCGGCGGCAUGGCGGCAGAGCCCUCCGGCCGGCAUGCGGCUCAAUAAGCUGCUGGCCCUGGAGUCGGUCAAGCUGUACGUGGUGAGCGCCGAGUGGCAGCAGCUGCGGGUGGAGGUCUUGAACGGGCCGGUGUACCACCUGCAGCUGCUGGCGCCCGAGGGGCUGGAGAGGCUGGUGUUCAGCAUGUGGGUGGAGCUGCUGAGGCGGCUCUGUGACGGGACCCCCGAGGGGCAAAAGAGGGCGGCGCGCCCCCUAGAGGACACGGGGCCAGCCCAGGACAACGUCAUCCUGGAGAGCAAAUUCGCGGAGGUCAACGAGGACGGCCAGACGAGCAGCAUCUACGCCGGGCUGGCAGUGGUCAGCGUGACCAUUGUGUCCUCAGAGACGCUGCCCGAUUUAAUGUUCCUGGGAAGACCUCUGCACGAAACGAAGGGAGAGACGGGGGGGUGGCCAGAGCCGAGGUGUGCCAGCCUGCAGGGCACGGAGCUGACCAGGUGCCUUCCCCUAAAGGACCUGAAGCUCAGCGUCCACUCUGAGGAGAUGCAGCUGCUGAAGGUGGAGCUCUACACCGGCCUGGUCCACUACCUGAAGCUGCUGGCUCCCCCCGGCCGGGACGAGGCUGUUUUCAAGCAGUGGGUUCAGCUGGUCAACAGACUGAAAGAGAUGACCACCAGCGAGGAAGGGGAAAUGGAAGAAGGGGUCGUCACCUUAGCAGAGAGUCCACCGGAGCACGAACUGGACAAUGAGACCCUCCACGCAUUCUGCGACAAUGUCGUCUUCGAGAGCGACUUCAGAGAAGUGUCCGAGGACGGCCAGGAGCUCAGCCCGGGGGCGGCAGGAGCGUCGCCAUUGACCAUCCUCAUCUCGUCCACCAAUCCCUUCCUACCACUGCCGGACUUGAUGCUUGUGGGCAUUGCCCGGGGCGACAGCGGCCAGUCAGGCCCACCUGAAGAGCAUGGGUGCAGGUGCCACUUACAGCUGACCAAGCACCUGAGCCUCAGUGACGUCACACUGACUGUCCACAGCGAGGGGCAGCAGCUGCUGAGAAUCGAGCUGACCCCACAGCAGGUCCACUACAUGAAGCUGCUGGCCCCCGCUAAACUGGAGAAGGUCAUCUUCGAGCAGUGGGUCCAACUCGUGAAGAAUCUCGAGGGGGGAAACACGCGCGUGGAAAAGGAACAACGAGAAGUGGAGGGGAGUUUAAUGGAGAGACCACCGGGCUACGCCGUCGAGAUGGACACCCUCCACGCCUUCUGCCAGAACGCCCUCAUUGAGAGCAACUUCGCCGAGGUGACCGAAGACGGCUGCGCACGCCACUUAGAUGCGGGGGUCCCGCAGGUCAGGGUCCUCAUCACCAGCAGCAGCCCACUGCGCAGGAUGCCCGACCUCAUGCUGGUUGGAGUGCCUAAGGAUGGACAAGAAGGUGACCGACACCCCAAGGAAGCCCCCCAUGAGACCGCCAGGCUCACCCGAUGCCUGCCCCUGAGCGAAGUGCAGCUGAGCGUGCGCAGUGUGGAGCGGCGGCUGCUGCGAGUGGAGCUCAGAAACGGGCCCGUGUACCACCUGCGCCUCCUGGCGGCCCCCGAGCUCGAGACCGGCCUGUUCCACCACUGGGUCCAAGUGGUCAAGAAGCUGAGUCACAAUAGGAAGCAAACGGGCGAUGGGACCUGGCGACUCCACGCAGGACACUGAAGCUGAGUGGCUCAGGGCAGCAGACAGAAAUGGGGUGCAAACCGCAGACGGAGCCCCGCCCACCAAAAAGACGCUUUAUACAGAGGGACCUCCUCGUGUUUUAUGAACGGUCAAACCCCAAAAUUUAUGAUGGCCUGGGGGGCUGGAAGGGGAUGGAGGAUGGUGGGGACAACACAGUGGUAGAAGUGCUGGCACCUGUGACAAAUAAAGAAGACAAACCAAAAAAAAAAAAACUGUCAUUGUGUUUAUUUAUAAACAAGUAAGCGGGGGAUUUGGAAAACUCUUAAUUGUUACGAAAGGCGCUAUACAAAGUUGGGGGUACAUAAGAGAAGGUCUGAACCUCAGUGUGUCGUGACGUGCUGAAGGUGACUAAGUGA